AUGCUAUUCCUUGUGACCGUCGUUGUGCUGCUGGCCAGUGCUCAAGCCAAAUUCUAUUCGGAUUGCGGUUCCAAAUUAGCGAGCCUUGAAAUGGUGGGUGUGAGCGGAUGCCCGGAGACAGCCAAGGAAUGCGUCCUCAAAAGAAACACUAACAUCACAAUAAGCCUCGACUUCACACCUUCAAAGGAUGUAAAAUCCAUAGAAGCAGAAGUACACGGUGUGAUCAUGAACCUGCCAGUGCCGUUCCCGCUCCCGCAGCCCGACGCCUGUAAAAACAACGGACUCACCUGCCCAUUGAAGGCCGGUCAAAAAGCAAGUUACGUGGCGACGCUGCCAGUUUUGAAAUCGUACCCCAAAGUGAAAGUUGACGUCAAAUGGGAAUUGAAGAAUGAAGACGAUGAGGACCUCAUCUGCAUUUUGAUUCCCGCAAAAAUCAACUAA